AUGUCUGCAUUCUUUGGCCUCGGCAAGACACGCACCUUUAAGCCGCGCAAGGAUGUCCCGGAGGGCACAAAACAAUACCAGCUUCGCAAGUAUGCAGAAGCCACUCUGGGAUCGGGGAACCUGCGCUUGGCGGUUCAGCUACCAGACGGGGAAGAUCUGAACGAAUGGCUUGCGGUGCAUGCUGUUGAUUUUUUCAAUCACCUCAAUAUGCUCUACGGAACCAUCACCGAGUUCUGUACGCCACAGGAGGCAAGUGGUCUUAAAUGUUUUUCACUAGACUCUCAUAGCGAGAUAUACGCAUUUGCACAGUGUCCUAUCAUGUCCGCUGGACCACGCUAUGAGUACCUAUGGGAAGACGGAGUGAAAUAUAAACGACCAACCAAGCUUCCUGCGCCAGAAUACGUAGAUGCGCUGAUGAAUUGGGCACAGGGAUUACUUGACAACGAAGAGAUAUUCCCCAACAAGAUUGGUGUACCAUUCCCGAAGAAUUUCCGGGACACCAUCCGGACAAUUUUCCGCAGACUUUUCCGGGUAUAUGCGCACCUUUACAGCAACCAUUUUGACCACAUCUGCGCUCUCGGAAUCGAGGCGCACUUGAACACGAGUUAUAGGCACUUCUUCCUGUUUGUGCACGAGUUUGACCUGGUCGAUAAGAAGGAGCUUGCUCCACUGGAUGAACUCAACGAAGCUAUCCUGGCCGAGGACAAAUCUCGAUGA